ACCAUCAGAUCCCGCAACGCAUGCAGCCAACACGCAUCUGCGCGCAAGUUCAAGUCUUUCCGCCUUCUGUUACCUUACUUGCACUCGCAGUAAUAUCUCAACUGGGCUGUCAUACUCAUCAUGGCCUCACUCGAGACAUCUCCACUCCUUCCUUCCCAGGCGUCUGGACACCCCUCCGUCUCGAAGCCUUUCGACUUGUUGGGUUCCACUAGAUACCUAUUGUUGGGAUCCUGGAUUAACGUUCUCCUGAUUUGUGUCCCUCUUAGCUUCACAGCCGAGGCGCUUGGUUGGAGUGCGGCCGCCCGCUUCACGACAUCCUUUCUGGCGAUUGUUCCGUUGGCCAAGCUUCUAGGGGAGUGUACAGAGCAGCUGUCCAUGAAACUCGGGCAAACAUUGGGGGGUCUUCUGAACGCGACCUUCGGUAAUGCAGUCGAAUUAAUUGUUGCCAUCGCCGCUUUACGACAGGAUGAGCUAGAUCUUGUUCAAAGGUCCCUUUUAGGCAGUGUGCUUUCAAAUUUACUUUUGGUUUUGGGCAUGAGCUUCUUUGCGGCUGGCUUCUUCUUCUACGAAUCCACUUUUCAGGCCACAGCUGCUCAAGCAAGUUCAUCAUUGAUGACGCUUGCUUGUAUAACAUUGAUCCUACCAGCCGCCUAUCACGCCUCAGAGGUUGACAAAAGUAGCUCUCUUGUUGGCACCUUGUUGGGUAAAGAAGUCUCCGAUUCUUCUGAUAGAUCCCUCAAAGGUCUCCUCGUCCUUUCGCGAGGUACUUCUGUCAUUCUCCUCCUUACUUAUUUUGGAUAUCUUUACUUUCAGCUGCGGACUCAUUCAGGCCUAUUCGAAGCUGAGAAUGAAGAAGCAGAAGAAAUGGAGGUUGCGGAAAUGGAUCAAUGGAGUGCCGGCACUUGGCUCUUAAUCAUAACAGUUAUCACUGCAUUCUGUGCAGAUAUUCUUGUUGGCAGCAUUGACGAGACAGCUCAGCAAUGGAAUAUCCCCAAAAGAUUCAUUGGGCUCAUCCUUCUUCCUCUUGUGGGCAAUGCUGCUGAGCAUGUCACAUCUGUCUGGAUGGCUUGCAAAGGCAAGAUGGAGCUUACCAUUGGUGUAAGUGUUGGGUCUAGCAUUCAAAUUGCUGCUGGCAUGAUUCCACUGCUGGUCAUCAUUGCAUGGCCCCUUCAAAAGGAUCUAACACUUUUCUUUGCCAACUUCGAGACGAUUGUCCUGUUUGUGUCAGUGAUGCUGGUCAACUUACUACUGCAAGAUGGUCGCAGCAAUUACAUGGAGGGUGUUAUGUUGAUGUCCUUGUACCUAGUGAUUGCCUUGAGCUACCUUGUCUAAUUGCAUCAUAUAAAAUAAGACAUGAUAGCAUAUGAAACACCAACCAGUGAAGGGAACAGUACUUGCAAUAACUGCAUUGCUUUUGGAUAAAAACAAUAGGGUGACACUUACAUAAUUGUCUAUAUCCACCCUUGGUCCAUCCAAUAGCAUGAGAACUAUUUCCCACAAAGAGCACUAAGAGUAAGGCCUAAUUAAGACAUAUCAUGUGGUAACAAUAUCCCUGUUGAAGUCCUAACCCAGGUCAGUCACAUGGUGGACAUAUAAUUUGUAAUGCUAUCCAAACAAUUGCAUGUGAAAUCUCCUCACAUAAUGUGAAAUGCAUACAUGUCAUCCAGA